CAAGAUCACCAUUUAUCCUCCACUUUCUGUGUCCCAGGCCUAGGCUCUCAGGCUGUGGGUAGCGGUUUGGAUCCGUGAAAUUACCGCCUUCCAACGCCUCCUCUUCACUGUUAGUAAAUUACUAUCAUUCAGAUUCACUUGAGCAGACGCACGAUGAAGAGCUCUCGAACGUUUGAGAUAAUUUUUUUGAACUAUGCUUUAACAAUCUUUCAAAGUGAGGCUAUUAUUUUACCUUAUGGAGAGCGGGUUGGUGAUUCCAUUUUGGGCAACGGCGAUGAUGAAGUGUCAGAAGUCCUGCGCUUGAAAGAGCCUUUGUUUUUCUAUGACGCUCAGUACUACGAUCUUUACAUAGCGACCAAUGGGAUCAUUUUCCUGCAGCCUCCCCCCAGAGAGAGUGGAUAUGUUGACAGGGCUUUUCCUUUGGGGUUUCCUGCCAUCGCACCUUUUCUGGCGGACAUAGACACCAGCGGGGGGAGGGGGUCUGUGUAUUACCGGACGGAGGAGUCGGUGGACAUACUUAACCACGUGGCUGGGCUCAUCCUGAGGAGUUUUUCCAACGUUCAUUUCAUGCCAAAACAGGCUGUGAUCACAACCUGGGACAAGGUCGGCCGCCACCUGGAGUUCCCCUUCCUGCCUGAGUCCUCAGAUAAGAUGAACACCUUUCAAGCUGUGCUGGCCUCUGACUCCCAGGACUCCUAUGCCCUGCUCCUGUACCCCCCCGAGGGGCUGCAGUUCCUGGGGACCAUGCCCAAGACCUCCCACAGCCCGGGUGUGGAGCUCCUGGCCAGAGCAGGCUUCAGCGGCUGGCAGAGCUCCACCUCAGAAGAGCGGAGCUUUCCUCUCCCUGUGCAGAGUGUCAGGAGCCUGGACCAGGAGGGGAAUGCGGGGGUGAGAGGGCUGUGGCUGUUCCAGAUCGGUAGCAGCUCUGCCUUUGAGGACAUCCUCAGCCCUGGGCCAGGUCCCUCCCUCCCCCCGGCUCAGCCCAGGGCCAGGUCCCUCCCUCCCCCCGGCUCAGCCCUGGGCCAGGUCCCUCCCUCCCCCCGGCUCAGCCCUGGGCCAGGUCCCUCCCUCCCCCCGGCUCAGCCCAGGGCCAGGGCCGGACACAGAGAACCAGCAGCAGACACUGUCGCCUCGGUUGUGGCAGAUCUAGUGGACGAUUUCUCCAUCCUGCCCCCUGUGUCCCCCGGCCCUUUAAGUGCAUGUGGCCGCAUCCUGCACCUCUGCUCCCAGGACGGCUACUGCACAGACCACCCCACAGGCCCCUGCUGCCGCUGCAGAUCUGGUUACUACGGCAACGGGAGACGGUGCUUGCCCCAGGGUGUCCCCCAGCGACUGAACGGCAAGGUGAGCGGGAAGCUGACUUUGGACGGGACUGAGGUUUUGCUGAAGGGGGUGGAUCUCCAUGGUUACGCUGUGGUGGCCGAUGGUCGGGUCCAUGUCUCAGUCAGCCCCAUCCCAGAAAAGGUGGGCUGGGCUCUAAUGACGGUCAGCCCUCUCAUUGGCCUUUUCGGCUGGCUGUUUUCCCAAGAGCUCCAGGACUACAAAAAUGGCUUCCAUCUCACAGGUGGCGAGUGGACACAUCAAGCAAGAGUGACGUUCCACCCCGGGAAACAGAAUCUGACCGUGACCCAGGAAGCUCAGGGGCUGGGCCCCCCCCACCCUGCCUGGGUGGAGACCCUCCUGCAGGGAGAGCUGCCCCUCAUCCCAGCUGGUGCCACAGUGCAGCUGGAGCCACACAAGGAGACCUACCAAUACAACCACUCGGUGGCAACCUCUUCAUCGCUGCGAGAUUUCUCAGUGGUGUCUGACAACCGAGGGUUCGAGAAGCUGUCCUACUUCCUGCGUCAGGAUGUGAUGUAUAAGGGCUGUGCCCACAGAUCGCUUCCUGACACCCAGUUCCAGCAGCUCAACACUGAGCGUCUCUUGGUCAUGUACAACAAGGAAACACAAAGUCUGAUGUAUUCCAUCUCCAACACUGUUGGUCCUGUGGGAGGGGGGCUACCUGACCCAGACUGGGUGAACCCAUGUUCUGCUGGGGCACACUACUGUGAACCCAUGUCCAUCUGUGUGCCUGGGACUGGAACUGACUACUACUGCCAGUGUGCCUCUGGAUACAGAGGAGAUGGACGCAGUUGUUAUGAUGUGGACGAGUGUUCUGAGGGCCUGGACAGCUGUGGGCUUCACUCCCAGUGUGUCAACCUGCAGGGGAGCCACCACUGUGUCUGCAACGCCGGCUUUGAGUUUGACCCUGAUUGGCGAACCUGUGUGGACAUUGAUGAGUGCUAUCUGAAGCAGUGCCACCCAUUGGCCUCCUGCUCCAACUCUGAGGGCUCCUUCCACUGCCAGUGCUGGCCAGGGUACCAUGGAGAUGGACUGCUGUGUGGCCAAUCAGUCAUCGCUCAGCGCCUAGCUGUGGUGCCGGAGCCUGUGAGGCGCCCUUUGAGCCUGUGUGAGCAGCUCAGAGCCAGCCUGCAGGGGGAGGGGCCUGGUGCCUGGGGAGGCCAGGCCUUCCUGCCCCAGUGUGACCAGGACGGCCAGUACCUCCCCCUGCAGUGCCAUGGCUUGACUGGGCAGUGCUGGUGUGUGGACAGCAGGGGGCAGCAGAGAGCAGGAACCAGGGCUGACCCUGGCAGUCCUCCAGUCAGCUGUGUCACAGAAGCCCCGCCCCCCCCCGCCCCUCCCCUGGGGAACGUUGCAGACAGCAUGUGUGAGCGCUGGAGGCGGGAUCUGGAGGAGCAGUAUGGAGGCCAGGCGUCUCCUCAGGACUACAUCCCCCAGUGUGCCCCUCAGGGUCACUUCCUGCCUGUCCAGUGCUACGGUGACAGCACCUUCUGCUGGUGUGUCGACCCAGAUGGAAGAGAGGUCCUGGGAACACGCUCGCGACACGUCGUCAAGCCUGCCUGCCUGCCAACCGUGCCCUCACAAGCCCCUCAGCCAUUGGUCCAUCCAGGUGUGGUGUCCCAGCCCCCGAGGCCGGCAGUGGUGUUCUCUCAGGGACACCAGAUCACAGCUGUUCCUCUGGACGGACACCGGCCAGUCUGGAGGAAGGCUGUGCUGCUGCUCACUCUGAAGGAUGCCAUAGUGGUCGGGAUGGACUAUGACUGCAAGGAGAACCAGCUGUACUGGUCAGAUGUGGCCAGUCAGACCAUCAGCAGAGUCACACUGGAGGCUGGAGCACAGCCAGAGAGCUUCAUCCACUCAGGUGUGAGCCGUCCCGAGGGGUUGGCAGUGUGUGUGCGGUCCAGAAGGCUGUUCUGGGUGGACAGUGGCUCCCUCAGGAUAGAGGUGGCGUCUCUGGCUGGUGGAGACAGCGCCGUCCUGAUCAACUCUGACCUCAGCAACCCCAGAGCCAUCGUUGUGGACUCUACCAGUGGAACCCUGUUUUGGACUGACUGGAACCGCGACGGUCCGAGGAUUGAGAGCUGCUCUGUGUCGGGUCAGAACCGGCGAUUGUUGGUCCAGCAGGGGGUCACGCUACUCACUGGCCUGACCCUUGACCUCCAGACGAAGCAUGUGUGCUGGGCAGACGCAGGUUCCAUGAAAGUGGAGUGCAUAGCCCCCGAUGGUUCAGAGAGGAGAGAGAUCUACAGAUGUCCAGAUGACUACCCGUUCAGUAUCGUUCUUCAUGGCGACAUCCUUUACUACACAGACUGGGAGAGGGACGGGGUUGUCAUGGUAGACAAAGGGGAGAGCAACCAGACAGACCAGUAUCUACCGCUGCGUAGAUCUCACCUGUAUGGAAUCACAGUCGUCACAUCUCAGUGUCCUUCAGGGCAACGUUGAGGAGUCUGGUGCGGUGUGUGUUUGGAGGGCUGGAGGGAUGUCCUGAGAGAGGCCUACUGCUAAA